AGCACAUGAAAAAUUACAAAACAUAAAUCAAUAUCCUUUCCCUGGGGGCCUCAGAAUCCUUAACACGAGUGAAAGUACAAGUUGCAGGGAUGGCCUCAACCUCCUCCUCCACACUCUCUAUAUCCUCUUCAUCCACCCUUGUUGAUGCCAAGGCUCCAAGUCCAAGACAAUCCCCACAAUGUGUCUCCCCUCCACCUGUUCACUCUCCUUGGAAGACCACUGCUUUCUGUCGCAGGAUUGCAAGCAAUGUUAUGGCAAUGGCUACCACCAGAGAGGCACCCGCAGCAGAAGUUGCCACGACCGAGCUCUCUGUUGCCGAGACGCCAGAGAUUGUGAAGACUAUUCAAGAAGCUUGGGACAAAGUUGAAGACAAAUAUGCAGUGAGUUCACUUGCCGUAGCCGGUGUGGUUGCAUUGGUUGGCUCAGCUGGCAUGAUCUCAGCAAUUGAUAGGCUUCCUUUAAUUCCUGGGGUUCUUGAGGUCGUAGGCAUUGGCUACAGUGGGUGGUUUGCUUACAAGAACCUAUUUUUCAAGCCUGACAGGGAAGCUUUUCUACGAAAGGUAAAGGAAACAUAUAGCGAAAUACUUGGAAGCAGCUAAAACAGUGAGGAAUUGCUGCUUAGAUUCUGUUCACACAAAAGAGAUCUCUGUCUUGCAGCAUUUUGUUAAAGAUGCAAACCUCGCUUCAUUUUGUCGCAAUAAGCUUCCUGACCAUACUUUAUCCCAUGUGAUGUAAUCUAGCCUGAUAAUAAAUGUAACUCUUUUAAUAAUCAAUCUACUUCAAGAAGAUUUCAUUUCUUCAAUUAUCCCUUUGUGGUUUCAAAGUUAAGAAAAAACAUCUAAUGCAUGGAUGACUUCAUGAAUUUGAAGGAAACCUUAUCAUUGUA